AUGCUAACAUCACCAAAAAUUAUUGGUAUACCAUUUCAACGAUUUACAAUAGAUUAUAUUGGGCCAAUUAAUCCACCAAGCAAUGGCAACUCAUAUAUUUUGGUAGGAACUUGCGCAACUACAAAAUACGCUAUAGCAAAAUCAUACAAAAACGCUGACGCAAGGUCUACAGUCGCAUAUUUAAUAGAUAUAAUUUUACAAUUCGGAGCAAUAGGCGAAAUACACUCUGACCGAGGCUUACAUUUUGCAAAUAAAUUGGUGAAAGACUUACUAAAAGCGCUAAGUAUAAAUAACACAUAUUCAAUUGCAUACCGUCCACAGAGCCAAGGCCAAACAGAAAAGUUCAACGGACUUUGA